UCGGCCUAUUCUCGUUCGAGCUGAAAUUUCCGGCGUUGUUCUCGCUGACUCAAGCGCUGCUCUCCUCACUUCUCGACAUAAACAAGCCAGGCUGUUUUCGCCGGUCUUGUCCAAAACAAUGCAGCUGGCUCUGUUUACAUUCUGCAUCUUAUAGAAACUAACGUCGCAGUGACCAGCGCGUCUCCCCAAACACGUUGAAUGUAGAACUUUUGGAUGGGACGUCCCCAGAAGAAGUCGCAUUAAGUGCAAAAUUAUGUUGUCAACGACCGCUUUUCUACUACUCCUCCUGCAUUGCAAGAGCUAUGCAUCUACCGUGGGACAAGCCGGAACACCCGAUGAAAAGGAAAUGCCUUCAAAAGCAAAGAGCACAGACGCUGAGGGCAGGCGUGCCACAAAGGAAGAAAUUUGCUACGCUAACGUGGGCUGCUUCUCCCGACACGACCGACUGACACUUCCAUCUAAUUUCCCAAGCAACCCAAACUUUUUCAUGCCCCUUUUUCACCUCUAUUCAAGAAACAAACGGCAUUUUCCAACAGUUUUCAAGCUAAGGCCAAAAGGAAGUUAUCGGCAUCUGGUGGAGUUUCGCAAAGAGAAACCAUUAUUUAUUUUGGUACAUGGCUGGCUGGAGUCUGCAUACGCUCCUUGGGCACAGUCCAUCAAAGACGCUCUCCUUGUAGAGGAAGACAGCAAUGUUCUCGUGGUCGAUUGGAGCGGACUGGCAGCCACGACGUACGCCAGCGCAGCGGCCAACACGGCGGCCGUGGGGCGCACACUGGCGCUGGUCGUGCAGCGGCUCAUGGAGGAGUUCCCGCUGCGCGCCGCGCUUGUGCAUGCUAUCGGAUAUAGCUUCGGCGCGCAAGUGGCUGGCUUCUUCGGGAGAAACAUCAAGAGGAAUACGGGCACUCUCAUUGCUCGUAUAACAGCACUGGACCCAGCGGGCCCGUUGUUCAACGACACUGACGUGUGUGUGUGCCCUGAGGACGCCACCUUCGUAGAUGUCAUCCACACCAGCGGCGGCUACGAGCACCAGCCCUGGCAACUGGGGCUGCUCAGGCCAGCAGGCCACGUGGACUUCUACGUGAACGGUGCCAAGGACCAACCCGGAUGCUUCGGCUCGGCGCUGUGCGACCACAUCCGGGCCCCGCUCCUGUUCCUCGAGUCACUGGUGAACAAGGCCUGUCGCAUGGUGUCGCGGCCGUGCAGAGCAGGCUUUGCGGCUUUUCUGCGCGGGAAGUGCGUUCCUACCGACGCUGGAGGUGACCGCGGCGAGAUGGGCUUCUUCAGCCCUCGGGCGGCCGGUCGCGGUGUCCAGCUGGUCUCUACGGGCGCCGGCCCACUCGGAUACUUCUGCAAUAAAGAGCGUAAGGAGUAAUGA